AUGCCCUCUCCGGUGAUUCCAAACCCGGAACUAAUCCCAUCCCGAGAUGCUCAUCCGCCAUCCGCACGCUACCCUGAACUCCCCAACGAGUUCUUGCCCACCCUCCCAUCCGACCGUACACAUCCCUUCGCCAGACUUGCUCAGCAUCCAUCCACCCGUGUCUGUAUGCUCGCCAUGUUCGUCCUCCUGCUUGCCCUUGCGGAAUGGGAACAGCCAGGCUACCUCCCAACCGUCAAGCGGCUACCAACCAUACUGGUUACCUUGUUCGGUGCAGGAUGCAUGAUUCUCGGCGCUCUUGCGCUAGAGCACCGGUACGAGAUGCGUACAUGGCCAUGGAAUGCCGUGAACUGCUGGGACGCAUGGAUAUGGGACGAGGGCGAGGCUGCCGGUUCAGAGGACAGUGGACCACUCCAGCCACAGGAAGAGCAGGUGACGGAUAUGGAGCUGCUUGCGACGACCCCAUCAUCUGGACAUCCGAAUCCACACACGGUGCCAGCACUUACACUCAAGCGCUUCAACGGCGAGGGGUUUCAUAAGCAUAAUGAGAAAAUAGCUGCUGUGGCUGAGUUGACGAUGCCAGGUGGACGGCGCUUGCUAGACUCGGGGGCGUCUUGA